ACAGACACAUAUAUAUAUAUAUGUAGCGAUGGCGUUUCGUUUGAUUUACAACUUGUUCCGUACAGUCUUUGAUGUUCUUUAGAACAUUGCUGUUUAUCCAGAGGCAUUGAUUAACAUCUAUUUUUCCGGGUAAUAUGGAUGGACAAAGUCAUCAGAAUGCUUUGAAGUCAACAUCAUCGGCUCUUGGUAAAAAUACCAGUGAUGUGUGUCAUUUUUCAGAAGAGGAUCUGAACCGGCACUCCAUAAUGGAAGCCGAAAUGAGUGGGAUCCUACAUGUUCCUAUGCUCUUACCUGAGUGGAUUCAUUACCAGCAACCAGCUCGAAAUUAUGUAGAGUUUCUUGCAGAAAAUGGGGUGUCUGGAAUCAAAAGGGAAGUAUCAUACGAUAAUUCUGGCAUGAUGUCUGGUUUUAAACCUCCUAAUUCUUCCCUUGACAUGGAUGAGCAAAAGGUAAGAUAUUUGAGGCCACAUGGUGAAGAAUCACCAAUGAACAGUUUCACAAGUGCAGAACAUCAGAUACAUGUCCAGGAACAAGAAUCAAAUGGGGAAUGUCAUAACGUUUCUCAACCUCAAUUGAGCAUAGCAGCUGCUGCACCAAGUUUCCAACCUAAAUUUCGGAACAGUGCUGCAAGACAGAGAGCCACUUCUGCUGAUCGUCGUCGCAGAUUGAGAAUUGCUCAGAGACUAGAUGCAUUGCAGGAACUGCUUCCACAAAACAAAGAGGGUAGUAAAGCAUCUCUACUGGAUGAUGUCAUAGACUACAUUAAGUAUUUGCAGCUUCAAAUUAAGGAUUUAAGUCGAAGCAGAUUGGGAGGUGAAUCAACUUUGCACCCUUUCAUAUUCCUCGAGGGCUAUGGCCAUUACCUUAUCCAUGAUCAAAUGCUGAACGAGCCUCUAGAAGAGAUGAUGGGAAAGUUGGUGGAGGUGAAUCCGUCAGCAGCAGCCCAGCUGUUGGAAAGCAGGGGCAUUUUUAUGAUGCCAAUGGCUUUGGCUGAAGGAUUAAAUCAAUCCAUAUAGAUGCUUAACACUAUUUCUGUCAUUAUGUUUUCACAUUUGCUUCUCUAAUUUUCAUAUGAUUUUUGUAGCAGAGAACUCCACGAACCAAGAAUCACUGGUCAGCCUUGUAUUAAACAGACUUCAGAGAUCUGAUGUUUUAGCCGAAGGUACAUUGUAGUUUCCAUCCCUAAGAAAUCAAUUUUGGUUGUCAGAAAGAGAAACUGUUUUUAGCUGACGGAGUUUUUGCACGACUGUACUCUUUUCAAACCUUACUUCUUGUGAAUGAAAUAGCAAAUUGG